AUGCCGAAGCCGACGCUACUGCUGCGCGGGGGCUGGGAGCGCGAGCGCAGCCCCGGGGACUCGGAGCUGGGCCGCCAGUUCCGGGACUGGUGUCUGCGCACCUACGGCGACUCGGCCAAAACCAAGACGGUGACACGCAGCAAAUACCAGCGGAUCGCCGAGGUCCUGCAGGGCGGCGGCGGGACCGGCGCGGGCAGCGGCCCCGCGGCCGGCGAGAAAGGCAAGUUCCAGUUCUGGGUGCGCUCCAAGGGCUUCCGCCUCGGCAGCGGCAGGGAACCCAAGAUGGGCCAAGUGGUGUAUGUGCCGGUCAAGACGGGCUCGGGGGCAGAUGGCCUGUCGGAGCCGGAGGGCAUCUCUCUGAAGCGGGUCGCUGUGGUGGAAGAUUUCUUUGACAUCAUCUACUCGAUGCAUGUGGAGAGCUCAGCGGAACCCGGCAAAGCCCCCAAGCACGCUGGGCAGAAGAAAACCUACCGAGCGAUCGCAGAGACCUACGCCUUCCUCCCGAGAGAGGCUGUGACCCGGUUCCUGAUGAGCUGCACGGAGUGUCAGAAGAGGAUGCACUUUAAUUCUAAUGGCCUGGAACCCAAAGAAAACGAGCCUCCGUCUCCUCUGGUCUCCGGGAUUAUUGACUACAACAUGCCCCUCACCUCCACGUACCUGAAGCAGAUGAAGUUGCGGGUGAUGAAUUCCCAGGAGCAGGAUGAGACGUCUGUGAGCAGUGAAGAUUUUGAUAUGAACGACUCCACAUGGAUGUCAGCUGACCCACACCUGGCUUCCAGCCUGAGUCCCAGCCAGGACGAGAGGAUGCGGAGCCCGCAGAACCUGCACAGCCAAGAGGACGACGAUUCCUCAUCCGAGAGUGGCAGCGGCAAUGGCUCCUCCACCCUGAACCCGUCCACUUCGAGCAGCACACAGGGUGACCCUGCCUUCCCUGAGAUGAAUGGCAACGGCACUGUGGCCCCCAUGGACUUCACUGCCACCACCGAGGACCAGCCCAUCAACCUGUGCGACAAGCUCCCACCAGGCACGGCGCUCGGCACACCCUCCUACCCCUCAGAUGGCUGCAGCACCGACGGGUUGCGGGGCCGUGUCAAGUAUGGAGUGAAGACCACCCCGGAGUCCCCCCCCUACAGCUCUGGGAGCUACGAUUCCAUCAAGACCGAGGUCAGCGGCUGCCCUGAAGACCUGACGGUGGGCCGGGCCCCCACAGCAGAUGACGAUGACGAUGACCAUGAUGACCAUGAGGACAACGACAAGAUGAACGACUCUGAGGGCAUGGACCCUGAGCGUCUCAAGGCCUUCAAUAUGUUUGUGCGUCUCUUCGUGGACGAGAACCUGGACCGCAUGGUGCCCAUCUCCAAGCAGCCCAAGGAGAAGAUCCAGGCCAUCAUUGAGUCCUGCAGCCGGCAGUUCCCCGAGUUCCAGGAGCGGGCCCGCAAGCGCAUCCGCACGUACCUCAAGUCCUGCCGGCGCAUGAAGAAGAAUGGCAUGGAGAUGACCCGGCCCACGCCUCCCCAUCUGACCUCGGCCAUGGCAGAAAACAUCCUGGCAGCUGCCUGUGAGAGUGAGACAAGAAAAGCAGCCAAAAGGAUGCGCCUGGAGAUUUACCAGUCCUCGCAGGACGAGCCCAUAGCUCUGGACAAGCAGCAUUCACGGGACUCCACAGCCAUCACCCAUUCCACCUACUCACUGCCAGCCUCCUCCUACUCCCAGGACCCCGUGUACGUCAACGGCGGCCUCAACUACAGCUACCGCAGUUACGGGGCCCUGAGCAGCAACCUGCAGCCCCCAGCUUCCCUCCAGACAGGAAGUCACAGUAACGGGCCCACGGACCUCAGCAUGAAAGGCGGGGCCUCCACCACCUCCAGCACCCCCACGCCCACCCCCUCCAGCAACAGCACCAGCAGGACCAUGCCCACCGCCCAGCUCAGCCCCACGGAGAUCAGUGCUGUGCGGCAGCUCAUCGCGGGCUACCGGGAGUCUGCUGCCUUCCUGCUGCGCUCUGCAGACGAACUGGAAAACCUCAUUUUACAGCAGAACUGA